AUCAUGAUCCGUAGUGGAGAGAUGGAGCGCCCACUCGGCCUGGAUUCCAAACUGCCAAUAAAAGGCUCUAACGCAGUCUACAUAGCAGCAAAGCAAGGCAAAGAAGCAAGAAAACUCUUGGCAAAAUCCAUCCAUGGCUUCUGUUCAGUGUCAGAAACACAAUGAAAUGUGCCCAAAACAGAGCCACCACACCAAGUUAGGCCAGAAGAUCUGUGAGAUGACCAACAAGGCUUUCAAAAGCCAAGGCAAUGCCAAUACCAAUACCAACAUCAACACUUCCUCCAAAACAGAGACUCAUUGCUACACUGAAACUCAGUCAUCCCCAAAAAACCUCACCGAGCAGGGUGAGUCCAAAACGGAGAUCAGCCUUUUAAUUGUGCAGGCCCGCAUCACCCAAACUAACGCCAACCAUCCACCUGCUCUUCCUCGUGGAACAGCCACCACAUGCUUUGGGAAUCCUAACUGGAAAAACAGAGACCACACCAAUAAAAAGGAUAGGAACUUAUUCCGCAGGAUUAAGGACGGCGUCUCCCGUCAUAACAACUGUGACAGUGACAGCAGCAGCGACAGCGACAGUGAUAAGGAAAACUGUCGAACCAGGAAGGAAUCUACUCCCGCAGAAGUGAUGAAAGGAACAGCUGCACAACGGAAAUAAGCAGUGUCUCUGUUCGCGAUGAAGAAAAAGAAAAGGAUAGGUGCCUAUCUUGAAAUAAUCACCACUUCUGUGGUGGUAAAAUACAUAUUGUACUCAAAAGUUGAAUAUAUAUAAAUAUAUAUAAUAUUACUUCUAAUUCUAAUUAUAAGACUUCAUUUAUAGUAUAUAAAUAAAGUCUUAUAAUUAGGAUCAGAAGUAAGAAGUAGUAAUAAUAAUAAAGGUCAAUCUCAUUUGGCUAUGGUGUGUUGAGUUCCUUUGAUAUGACGAAUAAAAAGUCAGUUGUUUGCCGCCCAUGAA